UCCGCGAGCAGCUGUGGUGGGGGCCGACUCCGAGCUGAGGGGGACCGCGGAGUGGUGCUGUCGCGAGUGUGCCAGAGUGAAGCCCCCAGCCCAGCCAUGGCGUACGGCGGCCUCACUGUGCCCAUCAUCGUCAUGAGCGUUUUCUGGGGGAUAGUCGGCGGCAUCCUGCCCUGGCUGGUGCCCAAGGGGCCCAACCGUGGUGUUAUCAACACGAUGCUGGUGACCUGUGCUGUUUGCUGUUACCUCUUUUGGCUGAUUGCGAUCCUGGCCCAGCUCAACCCUCUCUUUGGUCCACAGUUAAGCAAUGAAACAAUCUGGUAUCUUCAUCAUCAAUGGCCUUAAGGAUGUCUGUCCUCUGUGCUGCCUUUUCUGUGGACGAGGUAAAGAACAUAUUUCCUCUAGAUGUAAAAGCUACAUUGAUCCAAAGAUGCCCUUGACAUAGCUGAUUGGAUACCAAACCUGCUUAAUGCCUUAAUGUUUGUAUUGUGCUUAAAAUGGCUUGUUCAAAGCCCUAUAUUUUUCUCCUGGUUUCCUUUUAUGCUGUUUAACGAUGUGCCUAAUACAUAAGAUUUAUACCUCCUUUUCUGUGCUAUAAACUUCUUGUUUCGAUUACACUUGAAAUUUAAGUUCUAAUUUUUUUUUCUGGGAUAUGUGAGUUUGAGGGCAGCCCUCUUCCUUGUCCUAUGUGUUGCUCAUUCUCCAUGAGCUUUAUGAAACUUCCAUACACUAGGCUGCAAAAAAUAAAGUGUGCAAUAAAACUGGUGGCUGGGAGAUGCUGCCACAUGUUUGGCAUUUAUUUUUACAAUGGAUUGUAUUCUCAAAAAGUUUAUUCCCCUGUACACAGAAAUUUAAGAUUAAAAUGAAUCUGCUGCUUUAUGUGAAACAUUCUUGGGAAGCAUCUAAUGGUUGUAUAGUUAUUUUGGUUUUGGGUAGAUUUCUGUAAUGUUAAUUUUGCUUAGUUAGUCAAAGAGUUCAACUUUAGAAACUUUCAGAGCUUUCAAUAUGCCUGUAUCUAACAUUGCCUGUUAUUUCACUAUGCCAUCUGAAUGUAAGAGUUCUUAUCCAGCUGACUCCAACUCUCCAGCUGGUGGUCUAUACUGAGGGAAAUUACUUGGUUGCUUUCUCUCUCAAUUCUUUCUUGUAGUGUUUCAAGCUGUUCAACUUCAGUAUGUAUAUUUUCCAUGAUAUAUAGUAAAGGCCUAUGACAAAAUAGAGCUUGGUGCUUUGGGCUAAAGCACCAUCAAGAAAAUCACUGUUAGAAUAAUAAACUGCCUUAAGUUAUGCUUCAGCAACCAACCCUACCUAAUGCUAAACACUGCAAUCAGGAAAAAAAACCACUAGAUAUAGAUAGAUAUAUGCAUGUGCCUUAGAAAUAGACAUUCUCUGAAAGAUCCUUCAGCAUAAAUGAGUUCCAGAGCCGAGAAUCCCUCACAGAAAGCCCUCUUACCUGAUGCUGGGAAUUUGAUCUUGGAGAUAAGAUGGCCAGUUUCAGUGAGGCGUAAGUGGAGAUACUGUUACUUGGCUAACCUGAUCCAGGACUUUUGUGGUAUUGAUGGUAUCAAACCCUUUGGAUUGACCCAGUACACAGCAGAAAGCACAAGGACUACAUUUUGUACUAGCUGAUGCUUCCACGUAGUCCUCAAAGGUGUUCUAAUUCUAAACCGAGAUCAUGCUAAUCCUAGGUCAAAUGUGAAAAAAGACAACUGGUGAAAGCCAUAUAUAUCAGCUGGGCCUCCAUGAGGAGAGAUUGGAAACCACUGAGGUGCAGGAAAUGGGGAACAAACCUCUUCUAUGCAGGGUAUAAUCAAAAUCCCAGUUCAUGCCUACAUGAGUUUGACACACUUACCCUCCUUCCUAUUUAAAACAUGUCCAGGAUUUUGUGACCAGUGCAGUUAACCACCUCUAUACAGAGCUGGAGGGGCAUCUCCAUUAUACACAAGCCCCAGAUACAGUCUGUUAUGAAGAUAUUCACCACUUUGUGUUACAAAAAACACAGACAGGUGUUAGCAUGAAUGUAUUAUAGCCUGAGCAACAAAUGAUGAGCCAUGCUGGGGAACAGGAUAUAAUUCAGCACUUUUACAAAAUUAACUACUUGGAGGUAUCAGAAUGAGGAAAGUGGUGGAUUGGUGAAGUGGGAAUCCAUGGCAAUAGUCACAAAGCAGACUUUUGUGUAGGUAAAUAAUAUUCCUAUUAAUUUAUUCCCCAAAGGAGGAGUAUACAAGUUGGUUAACUCCAUGCAAAUUUUUAUGAAGUCUCUUCUUAGUUUCAGGGAGAAUCUCGUUUUAAAACCAGCAAAAAACCAGAAUUUUCCAACAUGUGCAUUCCAUGAAGUGGGUUUUAGCCCACAAAAGCUUAUGCUCAGAUUUGUUAGUCUCUAAGGUGCCACAAGUACUCCUCGUUCUUUUUGCUGAUACAGACUAACACAGCUACCACUCUGAAACCUGUCACCAUUUUAAAACCAGGCAACUCCGUUUUCUUGUAUCCAUAGACUCCUCUCCCCACUUUGCCAUAAGGUAGAGGGCUGCUGUGCCCAACUUGGAUAGAGACAAUGUUAAAAGCUUGACACCUGUGGUGGUUGCUAAGCACUAAUACUUAGGGCUGUCUAAAGCUAUUGACUUUGGCUUCCUGUAGACAUGCAAAAAGCCAUCCAGGACUGUGUUAACUCAUUGCACCCAUUUAGCAGACAGCAUGAUAGUAAUCAAAGAGAGGUCCGCAUAAUACUCAUUUAAAAAAAAAAUGCAGGUACCUCCAAAGUUCUUCACAUUAACUAUCUGACAGCUGUCUCAGAGAGGAAGUGUUAGCUCACCGUGCUGAUGCAUAAAAUAAAGGGAAAUUCCUCAAUCUGGUAUGUAUUUUCUUCAGCUGAAUUUCUGAGGCUCACUCAACUGGACUCUGGAGAUACUUCUCUGCUUCAAAGUCAUCACAGGUGAAACCCAUUCCAUUAACUUUAUUCUUUUUAUCUCAUACUUUGUACAUUAACAGGUAGCUUGAAGCCCAAAAUGUAAAUUAUGUAAAAGAUUUACAAAACUGCCUCUUAACACCAUUGUUUUUUUCCUGCCAUUUAAUACAACGUUAAGUAUAAAACUAGA